AUUGGCAACCCUUCCCGGGCAGGAAAGUCGACCUGGAGGAACAAAAAUUUUUUUCUCUAAGUCAAUUUUAGCUAAAAUUUUCUCCCUUUUUUGACGAAAAUGGGCCUCCUCUCCCUCCUCCGCAAGCUCAAAUCGGCUCCAGACCAGGAGAUACGCAUCCUCCUGCUGGGGCUCGACAACGCGGGCAAGACGACCCUCCUGAAGAAGAUGGCCUCGGAGGAGAUCAGCCAGACGACACCGACACAGGGGUUCAACAUCAAGUCGGUGCAGUCAGACGGGUUCAAGCUCAACGUCUGGGACAUCGGGGGACAGAGGAAGAUCCGGCCGUACUGGAGGAACUACUUCGAAAACACCGAUGUGCUGAUCUACGUAAUUGACAGUGGAGACCGCAAGCGCUUCGAAGAGACAGGACAGGAGCUCGGAGAGAUACUUGGCGAGGAGAAAUUGGCAGAAGUAAGGUUUUCCGAGGAUCAAAAUUUUCCUGAGCGUCUGAAAAUUGCUUUAAAUGAAGUGUAG